AUGUCCUCGCUAUCUUCUUCUACCGAAAAGAAAGUUGCUUCAAAAAUCAGCGACGCUGUUCAAGAGGAGUUAGACUAUGUUGUUUCAAAUAAGAUAACCCAACACCAAGCAAAUAUUAGAAACUUGGAUUCUUUAGCAAAGGGAACGAAUGAGAAGAAUAAGCUACGUUUAUUACAAGAGGCGCAAGCUAAUUUAGAGUUUCUGGCAGAUACAGGGUAUGCGUCAGAAUUAAGAAGAGAUUUCAGCUUGUUAUCGUUAUUGGGUAUUGGAUUCGGAAUUACAAACUCAUGGUUUGGUGUAAGUGGCUCCCUAGUGGCAGGAAUAAUGUCCGGAGGACCAAUGGUGAUAACUUAUGGUAUAAUGAUACUUGCAGUGAUUGCAACAUGCAUUGGAAUUACCUUGAGUGAGAUGGCAUCGGCUUUUCCCAAUGCCUCAGGUCAGAUUUAUUGGACAAUGAGACUAGCACCUCCAAGAUGGUCCAGGCUAUUGUCAUAUAUCACUGGUGCUUUAUCAUGGUUGGGAUCAUUAUUCACUGCUGCGUCUGUCACCAUGGCUUUUUCCACUGCAGUGAUGGGAAUGUAUGUAUUAGUUCAUCCCGAUAAAACAAUCCAAAGCUGGCAAGUUUUUAUUGCUUAUGAGAUUACAAACUUGUCGUUAAUUGUGUUUAAUAUUUGGGAGAAACCGUUACCAUUGAUAUCAACGGUAGCACUAUACACUUCCUUGUCUUCCUUUAUUAUCAUUAUCAUCACCGUUUUGGCAAUGCACGAGGGCGAUUUCCAAAAGCCCAGUUUUGUGUUUGUUGAAUUUCAAAAUGGCACGGGAUGGAGUUCUGGUGCAAUUGCAUUCAUUGUUGGUUUAAUAAAUCCAAAUUGGAGUUUCUCGUGCCUCGACGCGGCAACCCAUAUUGCUGAAGAGUCAUUAAAUCCAGCGGUGCAAGUACCACAAGCUAUCCUUUUAACUGUUAUAGUCGGAUUCCUUACUGCUUUUCCAUACUGCAUUGCUAUCUUUUUUUGUAUCAAGGACUUGGACGCCAUUUUCAAUUCCAAUACUGGUGUUCCAAUCAUGGAUAUCUUUUAUCAAUCAACAAACUCAAAAGCUGCUGCGUUAGGUUUGCAAAUGCUAGUGAUGCUUACAGCAUACACUUGCAACAUUGCAAUCCAUACUUGGCAAGCGAGGAUUUGUUGGAGUUUUGCCAGAGACGGUGGCUUGCCUUUCUCCAAAUUUUUGGCACGAGUCAAUUCCAAAACCGGUACUGUUAUUAAUGCGCACUUGUUUUCGUGUUUUUGGAACGGCAUUAUUGGAUUCAUUUACUUGGGAUCUUCGACGGCAUUCAACUCCGUCUUAGUUUCAUGCGUCACAUUUUUGCUUCUCUCGUACCUUGUGCCAACUGUGCUUUUCGUAUUCAAAAGGAAUCAAAUAAAGCCUGGUCCCUUUUUUUUGAAAAAAUAUAACAUUGGUUUAUGCUGCAACUUGGUCUUGUGUGCUUGGGCUAUCAUUGCAUUUAUUUUUUACAAUUUCCCAUACACAAUGCCGGUAAGCGGUGGGAACAUGAACUAUUCUUCGGCUGUAUUUGGUAUUAUUUUUGUAAUUUGUUCUUUUGAUUGGAUGCUUAGAGGAAGAAAGGAGUAUAUUGGUAUACAAGAAAGAGAAUUGAUCAAGAAUGAACUCACCCUGGCGCUUACACACCAGUUAUCAAACAUUGAAUCUACAAUGUCGCCCAAACCAGAAUAA